AUGAGUGACGCUCUCUGUGGCCCAUCCAACGCCUUGCAAAACUUUCAGAAACAUGCCUCCGUUGAUAGGACACUGCAGCAGGAUAGACUGAUUUCGCGGCGAUCACCUUCCCAGGGCUUUCGGUCACAAAAUUUCAACGAUGGUAUCCUGGACCCUGAGUUCGCUGCCUUCGAAUCCAAUCUAGCAGGAACGCCGCUCCCUGAUCUACAAAAUCCGGCCCACUUCCUUACGCCCUCACCCCACUUCGCAGUGCACAACCAUGCGGAGGACCACAACUGGGCAACGGACUUCCAGAAUUUGCAGAUAUCAGGUCCCUCGCCUCUAGCUCAUCAGCAAGCUAGCAUGGCUUCGGCUUCGGCACCCACACUUGCACAGCAUGUGAAUUCUUCCCCAUCGGUACAAAACAUGACAACUAGUCAGCUACUACCGACGGAAGCGUUCGAUGAGUCUGCCUUUGAGGCUGCGUUCGAACAAGCUAGGGCGGAUUUAGCGUCACAGACAGCUGACCACACGCAAGAAGUUACCCAUGAGAUUACUCAGCUGGAUAAUACUGCUACUUCUCAAGCUCAAGAGCCUAUCAGGAUUGGGUCGGAUACCAUACUUCAGCCUGUCAAGGAUGACGCGCGAGUACAUUUAAAUGAUGCAGAUGAGCUUGCCCGAACGGCAGGGCAAUUACUGGAAAGCGUCAGCCACGAUCACAGCCGGAAGUUUCGCGAGAGUAAUUUUCUUGCUCUGAUGCGCCGUAUUCGAGACCGCGAGGUCCACAUCGAAGGAGAUGAGUUUCGUGAAAGUUCGCAGCCUCUACAUCCUGGUGGCAAGUAUUAUCCCGAAGGAAAGACACAUACACAGCAAGAGCAAAGUCCGUCUAUGAUGACAAAGAAUCAUAAUGAGAGGAGAUAUGUAGAGUCAGUCUAUGGAGACUCGAUUCAUCCACUACCUAUGGUUACAGAAGAUGAAACACCCAAUAUUGCAUCUCAUGCGGACAUAGUCAACGGCUUAGGCACAGGAGGGGAGGAUCAAUCUCUUCAUGAAAGCUGGAUGUUUGGUGAUCGCUGGGCCUGA